AUGGGGAACGGCAAUGAGAAGUCUCAGAACUACCCUCCAGCUGGAGACCUCCUGAAGCUAUUCGAUCAACAGCCCGUUCCUGUACUUUCAUCAUACAUCGUCAAAAGGAUAUCCUUUGAAGAGGUCGAUGCAUCAGAUCAAGCUGCGGUCGUUGUCAAAGCAUUUCAUGAUGCAUUGAGAGCAAACGAUACCGACGCUCUCCAGGAGUGCUUCUUCGCUGAUCAAGCCUACUGGAAAGAUGCAUUGGCGUUCACGUAUCAUUUACGUACCUUCUACACUCCUUCAGUAAUAGUCGCCAAUCUUCUGGAAACCAACAAGGCGAGAGGGAUCUCUAUGAGAUGGAAUAUGGAGAGCGCUGUCUUUGUCCCUGCGACGCCUGUACUGCAAUUCCUCGACGUUGCCUUGUCGUUCAGAACUGUAUCACCGGACGCUUUGUGCAGUGCGAGAAUUGUUCUUCUCCCAGCCCAAAAUAGCACCGGUGAACUGGAGUGGCGGAUUUGGAUUCUGAGCACCAAGCUUGAGAACCUUGAUGUGCAACCAGAAGAUGAAUCUCUUCUUCAUUCGCCCAGGCGUAGUUUGGAUGGCAUACACGAUAUCGAUACCGAUGUCUUUAUUAUUGGUGGCGGCAACGCCGCUGCAGCUCUCGCCGCUCGACUCAAAACCUUUGACGUUGAGAGCAUCAUGGCUGAACGGAAUGCCCAUGUUGGUGAUAAUUGGGCUUUGCGUUAUGACUCCAUGAAGUUUCAUGUUCCAACAUCGUUUUGCGACAUGCCUUAUAUGAGCUACCCUGAAGAACUCCGGGGUACUUAUCGUCUGAGCAAGGAUGAACUGGCUAAUCACUUGAUCCAAUACGUAGCGACAUUCAACCUCAAUGUCAUUACGUCGGCGCAGGUCCAGUCAACUAUGUACAAUAAAUCGAACGAGAAAUGGACAGUCAGACUACAAACUCCUGCUGGAGCGAUUACUGUCACUGCCAAACAUCUGGUACAGGCAACGGGCGUCUCCUCGCAGAAGCCCUACGUUCCCUUUAUUCCAGAUCGACAGGUUUACAAAGGCAUCAGCAUCCAUUCGUCAGACUACAAAAACUGUCAGAGAUUGGCCAAUCAAGGCGUCAAGUCGGUUCUCAUCAUAGGCUCAGCCAAUACAGGCUUCGACAUUCUUGCAGACUGCCACGCAGCUGGCCUAAAGACAACAAUGGUGGUUAGAUCCCCAACAUACAUCUGCCCAUUCGAGUAUAUUUGCAACGACGUCAGUCUAGGCGCGUACAACUUUGACGUCGCGCGUGGAGACAGAAUGUUUUUUAUGCUUCCAGCCGCAGUGGAAGGACAACUAGCGCGUAAUCUGUUCAGAGUCCUUGCAUCCAACGAGCCAGAUCGCUACAAAGCUCUCAAAGCAGCUGGCUUUCCAGUCCUCGAUAGUUCUGAGCCUAACCAAGCUCUCUUCUCUAAUCUGAUUGAGAAAGCGGGCGGGCAUUAUGUUGAUGUCGGAGCUACCGAGCUUAUAGCACAAGGAAAGGUUGGCGUUAAAGCAGGAGUUGUGCCUGUUGCGUUCACGGAAACUGGUCUUCGGUUCUCAGAUGGGAGUACAGCUGAUGCGGAUGCUGUGAUCUGGUGUACUGGUUUCGCGGAUCGCGAUGUUCGCGACGUUGCGGGUGAGAUCUUGGGAGGAGGACAUACUGUCGAUGCUUUCAGUAGCAGUGAGCAAAUCCUGGGACCUCAUGAGAUCGCUGAUCGUCUUGAUAUAACGUGGGGAAUUGACUCUGAAGGGGAGAUUAGGGGAAUGUGGAAGAGACAUUUGAGACUGGACAAUUAUUGGGUUAUGGGGGGUUAUACCCAGCAGCAUCGAUGGCAUUCGCGGACUUUGGCUUUGCAGAUCAAGGCUGCUCUGGAAGGCAUUCUACCUCCGGCUUAUCGAGAGACUCUUGGUAGAGAUUAG